AGGGACUCGAGGCGCUUCUCCUUUGGCCACCUGCUGAUCCAGUCCCGGGGUCCCCUUUCCUAAGCAUCGCUCUGUUCAGGGAACAACUGUGAGAACUCUGCCCGGGAAGUGCAUUCCCUGACAUACAUUCUCUGUUUAAAUCAGUGAAUCAUCUACCUUCCUUCACAGAUGCCCUCAGAACAUGUCUGAUUGGACAAGUCUGUGGUAUGUCUGGCUGAUCUUACUGCUGGUGUUCCUGCUCCUGCUCUGUGGGGUCUCAGCGAGCUGCAUCAAAUUCUGCUGCCGCAAGAAGAGGCUCCCAGUGGAGACCUUCCCUCGGCACCCCUGUGACCUGGCAGUGAUUGGCCUUGACAGUGACAGCACUGCCCACAGCACAGUGACCUCAUACAGCUCAUGGCAGUACCCUCCAAGUGUCCAGAUUCCCUUGGUAUUUGUGGAUAUGGAUAAGAACACUGUGUCCCCUCCAGCUUACAGCCUCUAUGCCAUGGACCUGCCACCUUCCUAUGAUGAAGCUGUUCAAAUGGGAAAGCAAGGGGCACGGACAAACCAGAAACUGAAUGACAUCACUGAACAGGUGACACCAGGUGGGCUGAAUCCCAGCCAGUCUCUACCUGACACAAUCAACAGAGAUCCAGCAACACAGGCAAGUUCAGAAGAUUCAGAAGAUGCCACAAAAGAACAGCCACAGGUCUGACUCAGUUCAGAUGGGGAGUAAAGUGAGGGAAGGACGGUAAGAGUUAAAGAAGACAUGAAGAGUUUGGUUUAUAAGUAGGUUAUGAUGGAAAGAUGUUUCUUCUCAUGCCCUUGUAAUGAUCUAUCAGAAGAAAUGUUUUCUGAGACUUCUGUAAUCCCCUGGUAAAGCUUCUUCAAGGAUAUGAAAUGAGGGAAAAGGGCAGCAGUUUAAAAAUGCCUCUGGUAAAAGUGGGACGUGAAUGCAUGUUCAUCUUCUGAUAAAAAAUUGUUCCUUGUGUCCAGCAAUAAAAAAGG